AGUAUACAAAAUAGAGCAUAUAUGUGGCAAAACAUGACAAUUAUUAUGCAGAGAGGAGCUUGAUGAUCAAAGUAGCUGUAAUUGUGAAACAAGACUAACUAAGUAAGAAUGGCUACCAAAGCAGCAAGCAGAUGCAUAAAAUGCAACGCAUGCGCAGACCAGGCAACCGAUGACAAUGUAGCUGACACUGUCAACAAACUUCACAGAUACGGCAUAUGCGGUCACGUGAUGUGCUUAGAUUGUAUCAAGUCAGUGGGGAUUGAUGUUUCUUCAUCCCAGUAUGAAAUCGCUACAUCGAACGAGCAGGAGUCUAAUCCCAAUGACGCAUGUCCUGAUUCAAGGGCCACCGAUGAGCCCAGUGUCAACCUGAGGCGAAUUCCCACCAAUGCAGACUGCCCUGUCUGUCAAAAGCAUGCCCUCCUGUUCCCAAGCCCGGGAAACGAAAACCACUUCCCAUCAUACCUAAAGAAAUUCUCGAUCGUGAAAAAGGCUAUGGAGCAACAAGUACCGAAGCUUUGCGAUAACUGCAAGGAACUAGCCGCGACCCCGACCAGCCAAUGUAUUGACUGCGAAACGUAUCUUUGCGACAAGUGCUGCAAUUCCCAUGGGACCGGUAAGGAGUUUCAACAUCGUCUCUUUAAAUUGAAGGAACUUGAAAUGGGAUCGCUAUUUAAACCCUUAGGUAUGAAACUCGUUUCAGUGAAAGAUCCUACUCUCUGUCAAAGGCAUUACGGGACAUUGCUCAGUGCGUGGUGUUAUACGUGCGGAAAAGCGCUGUGUUUACAGUGCAAACGUCACCACAUUGACCACCAGAUGGGACCAAUCGAGAACCAUCUGAAAAAUGCUGAUGAUGCGAUCAAAGAAAGUCGCGCUGCAGCGGAAAAUCUAUUCGGUAAGCUCUUACACGCCGAAUCAACUCAUGCAGUCAAGAAGGUGUCCGUAGAGAGCCUUUCUGCAAAUGUCAAAUCGGCCAUCUUGAAAAUUGCGGAGGAGAGGAAAAGGGCAAUUGAUGAGGACGCGGGGAAACUUGUUCAGGCAGUUGAACAAUUUGUUGAUGAGUUCAACGCAACCAGCGGAAUGUUGACAGAAAUGACUGAAUGUGAGAAAACUUCUUUUCAUAUGUGGAAUAAGAUCUACGACGCCAUGAGUACAGAGACUGGCGAUAUAAAAGACGAGUACCUGUUGGACUUUCACGAAUUUCUCGCGGCAAAUGAUGACGUCAUUAAGGGCCAGAAGGAAGUUGUCAAUCAAAUCGCUGAGGGGUUUGAGACGCUGCUUGAGAGAUUUAUCGAGUUCGAAGAAAAUGAUGUGGUACCUGGAAACCAGGUUGGAAGCAUCAGUCAGCCGGUGACGUCUUCCGCUAGUCAGCCAGCGUCGGCAUCGGACGAAACAUGCUCCUCUCCUCCGGUUAGCAGCACAUUUGAUGAUCUUGAUCAAGGCCUGUUCAACAUUGAAGAAACAGAACUUUGGCAUAGUCAGAAAAUAGACAAGGGUCCCUCCUUUACAAUCUACAAAGGGGUGUACAAGACCCAGGGCAUCAAUCUGCCGGUCGCAAUCAAGGAAUUGGAUGAAGAGGCCAGCAAGUCUGAGUUGGACUCUUUCAUCAAUGAAGCUAAGACGUUGCGUGACCUUGACCACAAGAACAUAGUCAAGCUAGUGGGCGUCUGUCGGUCAAACACGCUGUUUUUGGUGACGGAAUUGGCGUCCUUGGGUUCAAUGGGAAAAUAUCUCAAGUCUCACCCUUUGACCCCGCUGAUCGACCUCUACGAGCUCCUCCACCAAGUGACCGAGGGCAUGAAGUACCUCGAGAGCCUCCACAUCAUCCAUCGCUGCCUCACCGCCCGGACCAUCUAUCUGGAUACACCCCGGCACGCGAGAAUUGGCUCGUUCGGGUUGGCCAAACGUCUUGACAACCAGGAGAAUUUCUUUACGGAGAAAGCGACUCGUCGGUACCCGCUGAAGUGGUACCCUCCAGAAUCUGUUUACAAGUUUGAGUUUGAUGCAAAGUGCGACGUAUGGAGUUAUGGGGUCGUCAUGUGGGAAGUUUUCAGCUAUGGUAUUAAGCCUUAUAAGAAUAUGAAAGGGCCCGAGAUCCUUACCAUGUUAGAUAUCGGGGAGAGACUCUAUCGGCCCGACCGGUGUCCUAAACCAGCCUACGACGUCAUGCGACUGUGUUGGGCCGCCAGUAGGGGUGAAAGGCCAACAUUUGAACGUCUUGAGAUAGAAAUCAAGGAGAUUCUCAAGAACGAAAUAAGUGACAAAACAUCAGAGGUCUAUGUGCUCUAUGAUCCUCAGCAAGAUGAAACUGAAGCUGGACAGAGGGAAACGAGGACCAUGUGACGAGAUAGAGACUGAUACACUCCUAAGUCAGUGGCUAAGGUCAAACGAAAGACUUUCCUCACGUCACUUGUUACAUCUCGAACAUCUCUUUCAACCACUGCGUAUGAGUGUGUAAAAAUCGGACAUCAGUGAUACAAAAAAUAAAUAUCACGUUUGGGAACUAAGAGGAGACACCUGUUACGGGGUUAGGAUCCAGACAGUUGUGGGGAAUAACAGUAUGAAAAGGACAGCUUCAUUCAUGUUUCACGUUCCACUCCACCAGAGUAUUCAAAAUUAUCAUCAAAAUCGUUUUGAAUACUGAAACCAGAUUUGUUGAACUGUGCUUUAGAUCCAUGGUCUGAACAAUUCAACUAGCUAUACCAGAUUCACCAGAUAAUUCUUCAAGUAACGCAAUGAGUUUGAUGAGAAAUGCAGUGCACGCUCCCUCUUCUCCCAGUUCCUAGAUCCACCGGCCCUCUUAUCCCAUCAUCUUAUACCAUUAUCAAUAUUAUCAAUGAAGAAAACCUCCUCAACUGAACAAAACAAUGAGGAGCUCAAUUCAUGGCGGCGGCAGCAGUCAGCGAUGCAACACGAAAACAAUUUAAACUCGAAUCAAUUUCAUCAACAAGAAAAACUGUGUUGUAUUUGACCAGUAAAUAUCGCUGCGACAUUUUGGUAACGAAAAAUGUCAUCGAAAGUGGUAAGAUAACUAAUCUCGGCGACAUGUCACGAACUCGAAGGUAAUGUCAUUAUUGACACGGAACAAAAACGAAACAUCUUUAUUUUUUAAAUAUUACGCAGUUGGCAUAUGGCGGCUUAUUUCUUUCUAACACACCGUUCUAGCUAUCAUUGGAUCGGGUCGGAUCUUUAAUAGAAUUGGCUGAUCCUUGCCCGGUCGUUGGGUGUCACUGAUUUAUAAAGGCCCAGGGCUUGCAACGUUUCUUUGUUAAAGGCCUACACCGUUCGUAAAAAUUUUUGAAUUUGAAAUUGAAUUUAAAAAUGUCCAAUUUCAACAUUACCGUUGUUUAGACUGAUAUACAAAUGUUUAAACAAAUUCGUAUUCAUGAUAACUGCACGACAGCAUUGUGUAUUAGUGGAUU